UCUAUGGAAUCUCUUCUUUCUGCUAUACAGAUUCAGUCAACAGUAAUACUUGUUCGUUUUGCUACGCACCCUCUGUUAAUCAUUAAAGCCCAUUAGGAGGGUAGCAUUUUUGUAUAAAAGCUCCAUUUUACAUUUAGACGGCACAUUACCGUUUUCUUUACUUUUUCUUCAACUGUUGAACUUCACACUUAUCGUUUUUUUAUAACCGAAUGUAAUGAGCCCUUCUCCUUCCUCAACGACAUUAUCCUCCUCACCACAUUCUUCCAGCAAAUAUGCAGAUAGUCAAAUAUCUAUCCAUAAUAGCCCUUCAUUUAAUAAUGCCGAAACACACAGUGUUUCCAAAUUUCAAACCGUACAACAUAAUCACUCUUCUACCUCCCAAACUAGAACAGCUAAUGUAACGAUUGACAGAACAGCUCAGCCGACUUCACAACAGCAAUCCCAAACGGCGUCGUCAAAAUCUGAGAAAUUGGAUACAGCCGUAGUGAAAGAGUUGGAAGAGCUGUUAGUUAGACUCGAUAAGGAAAUCAAAAUGAAAGCUGGUGUAGAGAAUAUGUUAGAAGUUUAUAUAAAAGAUAAGAAGAGGACUAAAGAAUUAGAAGCACAGCUCGAUGUCUAUAAUACAGCAAUUGACCAUACUACGAAACGCAUAGAUCAUAUACGAACCAGUGCUGUUAAUUCAGGCACGAAUAUAAUUGAAGUAGCUCGACUGUUAAAAACUUACAAAUACACCGGAACAAGUUUCUCUGAUGCCAUUACACCUUCAGCACUUGUGCAAACGCGAUCAAAAUUAAGAUCAAAUAAGGACCAUUUAAAAGGAAAAGAAAAUGCAAAUAUUGAGAACGUAUCUUAUCCAUACGACGAUGCCUGGCCAUUAGAUCAGCGAUUAAAACAUAUUUUGGAGAACCUUGAAGUGGAUGAAUGGAAGAUAAUUGAUGGAAAAGAUAACGGUGAACCCUCUCAAAAAACUCUCGAUUCGAUCAAAGAUACGAAAUUGGAAAAGCUCGAAACAUUAAUUCGCAUAUUAAAGAACACAACAGGCAUUGAAGCACAUUGCUCGAAAAAUAGUUUGAUCAAAGGUUUACGGCGGUGCAUAGUUAGUCCCUAUCGAGAAAUUAGAUUACAAGGCUUACGUGCACUCAGAUUAUUAGUGGAAGGCCCGAACGAUGUACAGCAAAUAAUGGCAUUUCAAAUAGAUAUUUUUUGUGUUAGGGCCUUAGCACGCGAUCCGGAAAAGUCUGAGCCAGAAAGGGAACAAACUCUCAAAUUGAUUAGAGCAUUCAUAGAGUAUGGAGGCGUCAAGCAUCUUAAUCAAAACAUCGUUAGAUCUAUAGUUGCUAUUGCAGAGCAGCAGGAUGCACGAUUGAGGAAUAUUGCAUUAGAAACCUUAGCUGAAUUGACUAUUUUGAAUGUGGCAUUGACAGUGAGAUCAGGCGGUUUAAGAGUUUUAUUACAAGCAUUAAUUGAUGGUCAACAAGGUAUAUCUGAAGUGCUAAUUCAAGCUGUUCUAUACGUAUUGGAUACACCAGACAAACGAUGCUAUCUUCGGCCAGGCGUAGAAUUGGAAAUCAUAAUUGCUCCUUUCACCGAACCCGGCAGUGGGACCAGCCAUGAGGAACGAUUGAAAAAUAGUGCGAGAAUGGUCAUUACAUUGAUCAAAAAUUGGGCAGGUAUCUUUUAUAUGAGUGCCAAUAAUAUGAGAGCGGCGAGAUCCGUCGUACAGGCGUUAAGGAUGCCCGUUCCUGAAACUCAAAAACUGGUGCUGGAUAUGUUUUUUGAAAUUUUCAGAACCAAAUUACCCAAAGAUCAUCAGGGCUAUUUAUCAGGAAGACAGCAUACAAUCCAAAUGGCACCUGCAACACAUACGGAGCCUGAAAAAUCCUCAUCUUCUGGUCCCUUGACACUGUUGCAUGGACCAGUGAUGACUAACUUAAUGACGGCAGGCGGUAUUAACCCCGACUCUUAUGCUAGAUGCACAUCUCAACGAGGCGCGACUACUGCAAGUAACUCUGAAAGGCUCAAAAUGCUAGAUCACCAUUUAAGUAUUAUUAUUAUCAUUUUUAUUGAAUCCGAUAUUCUAAUGGCUCUCGUGGAUAUGGUUAAAUCUGACGACAUAUAUAUGUCGAGAAAGGCAACUCUUCUUAUCGGAGAGAUUUUACAGCUGUCUACUCGUCACUUACCUAUAAUGAUGGCAAUCCAGGUUCAAUCAUUACCUAAACUCUUCUCCUUAGCCUCUAAUUUCGAGGACGAGCAAGUACGACAUAAUGCUACUGCAGCCUUAGCGCAUAUAGAUCGACUUACCAGAGCGCGUGCACGUUAUAUGGCCUCUAUCAGAGAAACACCUUCCCUUACCUCAUCAACGUCAUCUUCUUUCAUAAUCAAUGCUUACAAAGGCAGCAGUGGAAAUAAUGAGCGAUUGCUUAACACUAUUGCAGCACCUCCAAAACGUACGCAAGAGAAAGUUCAUGAAGUCAAGCUCAAAAUUGGCUAUGCCAUCGACGAUACCCACUUUAGACAACUUUUGAUGGAUUCACAGGUCCUUAACACGAAGGAUCAUACCAAAUGGAACUGGGAUAGUAUUAUUGAGCUUCUACAAGGUCCUUUGCUGAAUCCACGACGGUUAGAAGAAGCUAUGCGGGGCAAGAAAUUCAUUAAACGCUUAUUGGCUUUUUAUCGACCCUUUAAACAUCAGUUUUCAGAUAUGAAUGCAACAAAAGGAACUAUUCAUCGUUAUGUUAAAACAGGCUGUACUUUACUUUCCAUAAUAUUAAGUAACCCAGAUGGUGUACGCUAUUUAAGUGAAAACAAACUACUGCAGGAUAUUGCGAACGCUUUCAAUGAAUUAGACCCUCUGUUGAUGCUGCAACAAAGUUCGUUAUCAUCGAAAGCAGCAGGCAGCGGUGGUGGAGAUGAUACGCGCAAGGAGACAGAGCCUAUAUUUUCAAAAGAACGUAUGGAAAACACUCUAACGUGCGGUUAUUUUGCUUUGUUGGGCACCAUUUCUAAAUACAAGGAAGGGGUUAGGAUUAUGGAACGCUUCAAAAUUUUCAGUUGCUUUUACCAUAUAUCUGAACUGAAAAAUCGAACAGACCUAAAAGUAGCAAUGAUAACUAACCUGGAUUAUACUCUCGACGGUCAUCCUCGAGUGCUGUUAUCAAAGAUCAUGACAUCUGGUUAUAACCCAAUUCGUUUAUUUGCAACACAACAUAUUGGUGUGAUUAUGCGACAGUCAGAAGCCGAAUGCAAUGAUUGGGUGAUACGAUUACUAGUGACACAAUUAUACGAUACUAACCUAGAAGUGUGUCAAACGGCUGUUCAGUUGUUGGAUGAGGCAUGUCAAAAGCAAGCAAACCUUGAGUUAUUGGUACGGUAUAGACCUAGUUUGGGUCAUUUAGGUGAGAUUGGUAACCCAUUACUACUGCGCUUCUUGUCAACAUCGACUGGUUUUCGAUAUCUUAAUGCUUUGGGCUAUGUUCAAAAAGAGAUGGAUGAUUGGUUUGAGAGAGGUAACCAAAACUAUGUAACACAAUUAGAGAUCUCGCUGGCGAGGGCUUUAGCCAACACACCUGAGAAGAAAGCUUUCAAUCCAUUCGAAGAGCGUGUAGAUAGUGAGAACGACUUUGAAAUGCUACAACCUGGAGAUGGUUUAUCGCCACCACACUUUUACGGUGAACUGACAAAAACAGAAGAAGGCUGCAACUUGUUGAGAGAAAAGGGUCACUUCAGGCUGUUUGCAGACUACGUGCGAAAUUCUUCCUCGAACAAAUUCAAAGAAUCUGACACCUCCUUGAGCCAGCUGAAGGCGGUGUUGUGGGCGUUGGGUAACAUAGGUGCAACAAAAAACGGCUUACCAUUCUUAGAAGAGGAAAAUGUUAUAAAGGACAUAGUGGAAAUGGCAGAGACUAGCGAAAUUUUGUCAUUAAAAGGAACUUGCUACUUUGUUUUGGGCCUAAUAGCUAAAACACAGCAAGGUGUUGAAUUAUUAAGUGAAUUUGGAUGGGAAAGCGUUGUCUCUUCAAAUAUGGAGCCUGAAGGACUAUGUGUACCAAUUAAUCUGUGUCGUUUUUUGACAAUCCAAAAUUGGACGUAUAAGCCAGCAUUGUCCGCAUCCCCGCAGUUACCUCGGUCUGCUACUACGGAUGCAAUAGCCUCAGAUAUACUAAAGCAUACUGGUGACAUGAGCAAUCAUAUUCUUGCAAAUGAAGCAUCAAAAAAUUUAGCAAGAUUGCGACAUUUAUACCCUGAAUCAUUCAAGAGAAUCGAUUUAUAUUACUCAGUAUGCCAAUUGCUGGGCAGUUAUCACUUUAGAAGCACUGUUCGCAAAUAUAUUUUGGAAAUUUUUGAUGUUAAAUUCACAUCAGAAUCUUUGGCGGAACUAGAUGAAUUAUCAGUCAUGAAGACCAAUACCACAGCAACUAUAUCCACUAGUGAUACAAACAAUGAUACCACUGCAGAACAACCAAAUAUACAUCCUACGCCUAACGAUGAAGAUUCAGUAGAAAAUCCAUCAAUUCCACCGAUCCCAGUUUUGAAUAAGAAUGCUGUAACUCAAGAAAAGCUCGAUUCCCCAGACAAGGCAACUCGGAUUUAAUUUCACUUUAUACAUUUUAUAGUAUUCGAGACUUUUUGAUUUACGAUCUAAAUACAGUGUUUUAACUACUAUUUCAGACUUUUCACAAAUUUUAUUGGACACUAUUAAAUCUUAAUUUAGACAACUUU